CAGCCCAGACUGGGGGGGACAACGGCGCCUGCAGGAGCGGCCGGGCGGAGCGCGGGCGCGGGGGAUUUCAUCGGAGAUGGAUACGCUAUUUGGCAGGAAUAAGGAAGAGCACCCAGAGCCCAUAAAAGCUGAGGUGCAGGGGCAGCUGCCCACAUGGUUGCAAGGGAUGCUGCUCCGAAAUGGCCCAGGGAUGCACACCAUAGGGGACACCAAGUACAACCACUGGUUUGAUGGCCUGGCUCUGCUGCACAGCUUUACGUUUAAAAAUGGUGAAGUUUACUACAGAAGUAAAUAUCUCCGAAGUGACACGUACAACUGUAACAUAGAAGCAAACAGAAUCAUGGUGUCUGAGUUUGGGACUAUGGUUUAUCCAGAUCCAUGCAAAAACAUAUUUGCCAAGGCAUUCUCCUAUUUGUCUCACACCAUUCCUGAGUUCACAGACAACUGUCUGAUCAACAUUAUGAAAGCUGGGGAUGAUUUUUAUGCUACUGGUGAGACUAACUUCAUCAGGAAAAUUAAUCCACAGACUCUGGAGACGUUGGAGAAGGUUGACUACAACAAAUAUGUAUCUGUAAAUUUGGCAACUUCUCACCCACACUAUGACAGUGCUGGAAAUGUUCUCAACAUGGGCACUUCAAUAGUUGAUAAAGGGAGAACAAAAUACCUUCUAUUUAAGAUUCCUUCCUCUGUACCAGAACAAGGAAAGAAGAAAUCUUGUUUCAAGCAGCUGGAAGUGGUUUGCUCCAUCCCUUCUCGCACUCUGCUCCACCCCAGCUACUACCACAGCUUUGGAAUCACAGAGAACUACAUUAUCUUCAUAGAGCAGCCCUUCAGACUGGAUAUUCUCAAAAUGGCAACUGCUUACAUCCGAGGUGUCACCUGGGCUUCCUGCCUUGCCUUUAAUAAGGAUGAUAAGACUUGGUUUCACUUUAUAGACAGGAAGACUAAAAAAGAAGUGUCCACCAAGUUUUACACUGAUGCUUUGGUGUUUUUUCACCAUAUAAAUGCUUAUGAAGAGGAUGGCCACAUUAUUUUUGAUAUUAUUGCCUAUACAGACAAUAGCUUAUAUGACAUGUUUUAUUUAAAAAACCUGAGUAAAGACUUUGAAAAGAAUGUCAAACUUACCUCCAUACCAACCUGCAGAAGAUUUGUGGUUCCUCUGCAGUGUGACAAGGAUGCUGUAGUGGAUUCUAAUUUAGUCACACUUCCCUCUACUGCAACUGCUGUAAAGCAGAAAGAUGGAAGCAUCUAUUGCCAACCUGAAAUACUAUGUGAAGGGAUAGAACUGCCUCGCAUCAACUAUGACUACAAUAGCAAAAAAUACAAGUAUGUCUUUGCAACACGAGUCCAGUGGAGUCCAGUUCCUACAAAGAUUGCAAAAUUUAAUACCCAGACAAAGGAAAUGCUCCAGUGGAGAGAGGAUGACUGCUGGCCAUCCGAGCCCGUUUUUGUUCCCAGACCUGGUGCAAAAGAAGAGGACGAUGGUGUUGUUCUGACCUGUGUUGUGAAGACUGAUCCAAAGGAUCCACCCUUCCUACUUGUCUUGGAUGCUAAAACUUUCACAGAGCUGGGUCGAGCCAUAGUAAAUGUGGAAAUGCAUAUGGACCUGCAUGGAAUAUUUAUACCACAGCAAGACAUGAAAACUGAGACUGAGUAAAAUCUAUCUGUUGUAUUGCACAGACUGACAUAACCUUCUACUGAAUUUGGGGUGAUAUCCUUCAGGAACAGCCUCUCUUAUGAUAAGAAAUGACUAAUUAUAACCUCCUCAACAUCUACAUAUAAUCUCUUAAAAGAGACAGAAAUUACUUUAUUACAAAUCAUUGUGUGCACAACUAUGUCACCAGAGGUCACAAGGAAAAACAAUGCACCACAGCUAUGGUCACGAUGAAGAGACUAAUUUAUUUCCUCUGACUCUAAUAAUUCAUAGUUCUCAAAAGGUGCCAGUGGAUUGGAGGGUGAAUGUGCCACCUCUCCAAUGACACUGGACAAACAACCAGUACAUCAAAUUUCUCCACCUCUGUGAAGGAAUGCAAAACAACAGGUUAUUUACAGAAAGUUGUGUGAGAAAGUUUCCUACAAGAAUGUAAACUCAGAAGACUUUAGAAAAUCUUAAAAAUUCAGGGUGACACAACUGGUAUAUCACUAUUCCAAAAGAAGAAUUAUCAAUAUGAGGUGCUAAUGUUGAAUACAGCUUGUGGGGCAAGGGAUCAGAGAGAAAGGUAACAGGAAAUGCUUUGUUUGAGUAGAACAAAGCUUUCUGAGUACUGUAAAUGUACUGAGUACGGUAUUCAUAGCAUGACACAGGGCAUGAGUCACACAUGUCUGCAGGUCAUGUAACUUCCAUGGGCUCUUGCAAGACUGCAGCUGACAAUGAAAGUUGUCUCCAGCCAGAAAACCUCAUGUUAAACUGGUGAUACCAUUGGUAUCAUGGUGAUACCAUGAUACCAAUAAUUCAUGGUGAUAUAUUCUCUUGGUGCUUGAUUUCUUAAACUCUGCCAUAACCAAAGUAUUAUGCUGAGGUGCUACAUUUUUCUUAUCCAGAACCUAAUCCUCCCCCCAGCUUUUCUAAUAAUUUCAUGGUGUAUUUUUCACUUUUAUGUCGACAAAACCAAGUAACUUUAUUGAAAUAGAGUACAUGGUUAUGUGUAGCAUUCAAUUGUACUUUAGUGACAUUCAAUCUUAAGCAGUUUGUAUUUAAAUCAGUUUUCCUUGGGCAGAAUAUCUGCCAUUGCAUUUCAUGUAAUUAGAUGAUUACAUUGUAUUAAAGAUAAGAAGAAGAACUGUAGUAUUUGCUAUUGCCACUAGUCUCUGUUAAGAGCAGUAUAUAUGUGAACGAGGGCAGUGUAUUUCUAGCAGAACUCAGACACACAUGUGCAACAAACAGUUUAGGGAAAGAGUGAAAGAUCUAAUUUAGGCCUCAUCUGAACCCCACAGUAGCUGAAACUAGAAUCUGUUAUUGCCAUUACUAAGCAUUUGCUUUAUGUCUGCUUAGGAGUAUCCAUGUUCUCACAUGUGUUUAUCCUUGCCUGUACCAGAUGCUUCCUAAUAAAAUUGCACAACCCUCACUCACAGCCACAAUUAAAAUGAACAUUUCAACAUAAAGUUCAAGUGCCAAGCACAGUGUGAUGGGUUAUGUUACAGAAAUGGCAUUUUUUGCCUGACUGUAUUCCUGAUCUUGACUUUUCUUUAAGUGCGAGCUUUUUUUGCUUUGAAUUUUAUUUUCUCAUUGUAGAUAUCUUUGCUGUUGGAGGCAUCUUUACUGAUGGAGAUAACCAGGUGCACAUCCAUCCAUUUCAGGUGUUCAUCUGGUCUGUCUGUAUCACCACACAGCUCAGAUGCCUCUGACUUUGACACACACAUCCCCUCAGUGCCUGUGCUGCUCAUAGUGUUUCAUAGGAAGGAAACAGAAUGAAAUUGUUGUCAUUUACUACCUCCCUACCACAUGAGAAUCUGUGCUUGGUGACCUGUUUGGGAUUACCUAAGGUGUUUGUGGCAGAGCAGGAACUGAACCAACAUCAUCCAUAGUUCCUGUCUGCUCUGUAACAACCAGACCUCUGUUCCUCUUCUGAAGUCUUUGCACUUUGUUAGGCUAAAGAUAUACAGGCUAUUUUUAAUACCAAAAAAAACCCCCAACACUGUGGUCAUAUCUAGUUAAAAUAUGCAGGUUUGGGCAUUCAAAUGCUUACACGUUCCAUAAAAUGGAAAUAAACACUCCAGUAAGGUGUGUCUGCAGAAAUAGUCACUUUUAGUGUUUUCAAGGCAAAAUUACCAUUAGUAUUUAAUAGAAAUUUAUCUUCUAAAGAAGAAAUUUAAUUCAAUUUUUGUAAAUAAUAUGGAACCAGUACUGGAAGAGAAGACUGACUUGUGAUAUUGGCAAAAGACAUCAGCUCUGGCAUUGUUUCUUUUCAUAUGAAAAAGUUUGGAUUUAACAAAGGUCCACAAAUACAUUUCUAGAAUUACAAGGUGGCAAUGCAUCAAAAGUCUAACCAUUGUUACAGAUUUUCUUCUAAGUGUUUGUCUCUAGAAUUUCUUCUGUAGUACUCACAGGGUUGUUUUGGGAUAAUCAUAGGUUUGGAUAGGAGUUAGUUCACUUAUGAGGGGACAAUUUUUACCCGUAGAGAUGACAGGAUAGGGGAUACACUCAUCAUAAAAACAACCUGUAGUCUCAGAAAGCAAAUGUGUUAUUUACAUUCGUGUAGAAAUAAUGCAGAAAAUAAAUGAUAGAAUGGGUGUGAUUUUUUAAA